UGACCCUGACACACGGUCCCUUUUUUACCUACCACCAGUUGCGUCGCGCAAAAAGGACUAAAGUUAGGGACUUUUCCGAAAUUCUUCCAACUUCAAUCACGUUUUGCGACGAGCUCUUCCAACUUUCUAACUCUUGCCCGGCACUACCAGGCAGAUUAUACAAUCCUUAUGCUUUGGUUCUAUUAGAAUAUUAAGAGGGCAUAUGUCCCAUUACCCAAAUUACACAACUAUCUUCUUAAAAUCAAUUCACCACUAUCAUCCCUAUUCAUCAUGGGUAUUUGCGCCUCGUGUCUCGGUAGGCGACGCCGCGACUCGUACGACGAAGAUGAUGUAUCCCGCUUAUUAUUUGACGAGACGAACAAUCUCCAAUACGGGAGCUUCGGCGAACAUAAUCUUAAUCCUCAAGCUGAUCCGCUCGAGUCGCAACGAGAAGUGGAAGCACUACAGAGAGUAGUUGCCCGGACCUCUAAUAACCUCGUUGACGUCUUCGAAAUUACUCCACAGGAGUCCCAAAGGACCCAGCCAGCAAUGUUUUCCGGUCAAGAUGCUCGUCUUGCCCGCUAUCAAAACAUACUCUCUACACUUCCGUCAGAGGGUGAUUUUAAUUCUGCAGAUUCCGGCCCCGGUGCUGUAGAUUGGUUGUUGAGUGAGGAUGACAUGGUUGAUUUACACGGCAAGGCUCCAAGCAUCAAGGAUGAAGCAGGUGGCCCUCUUGUAGGAACAUUUGCAGAUAUUACUGCUGCUGUGGCAGUAUGAAGGAAGCUUCAUAAUGAAUAAUGACGCAAAUUCAUUGAAUAAGUGUCGUUGAACUCUGCCAAUCAAUGGUGCCUGGAUUAUAGGUGGCCGCCUACAUAUGUAGUGAAGAGCCGAGCCAAGUCGAUUUGGUAAUUGGCUUUUCUUUUUCUUUUUCUUUUUCUUUUUUCGUCUUUUUCUUUUUUUGGGUAUUCUUCAUGUUGCUCUGCUCUGCUCUGCUCUACUCUACGACCCGACCCGACCUAGCUUUCUGGCGGGUCUUGUUCUAAUCCAAUCUUGGAUUGUAUGGCGGAGACGGAGAUUCUUAUACUAAAUUAAGUUAACAAAGGACUAUCGUCAACCCGCUUUCUUGCGUCUCACUAGCACAAAUUCAACCAAUCAGGUGAUGUGUGUCCAGGGUUUUGAGAGGAUGGAGUCCAUCAAGUUACAGACACGUGCUCAGUAAACCCGGUUCUCCUUACUAGUAAGUGGGUUUCUUAUUUAUAAGAGUCCCGCCUGGCCGGUACGCAUUUCUACAUAGAUGCUUCAUAUCAAAAGGUGAUUUUCGUCCGGCUUCGGUGAUAUGGGAGCAAUAGAUGUUCUGAAGAGGCAAGAGGCUCACGAUAACUCUUCUAGAAGGGGGAAGCGGGAGUCUGUGCGUCGGAUCUAACCACUUAGCGGGUAGUCGGGAAGGGCCGCAACCAUCCCCCCCUGAUAUAUCAUUCCCCCGGUCUAACUAUCC